GGUGCUGUUGCCGCGACUGUCUCCCUCAUUGGCGCCGCGCGGAGAGGCGGAAUGUUCAACUCCUGACUCAGACGGAAGCGUGAGAGCUGCCGGGCCGCCGUCGCCCCGACCCCGCCGCCCUCGUCGCGCGGGGCCUCCGCGCCCCGGGAGCCAGGUUUUGUGGAAGUAUACUACUUUGUCAUUAUGAGAUGUCGUCUCUCGGCACCUCCUUUGUGCAAAUUAAAUUUGAUGACUUGCAGUUUUUUGAAAACUGCGGUGGAGGAAGUUUUGGGAGUGUUUAUCGAGCCAAAUGGAUAUCACAGGACAAGGAGGUGGCUGUAAAGAAGCUACUGAAGAUAGAGAAAGAGGCAGAGAUACUCAGUGUAUUGAGUCAUAGAAACAUCAUCCAGUUUUAUGGAGUAAUUCUCGAACCUCCCAACUAUGGUAUCGUCACAGAAUAUGCUUCUCUGGGAUCACUCUAUGACUAUAUCAACAGUAACAGGAGUGAAGAGAUGGAUAUGGAUCACAUUAUGACUUGGGCCAAGGAUGUAGCCAAAGGAAUGCACUAUUUACAUAUGGAGGCUCCUGUCAAGGUGAUUCACAGAGAUCUCAAGUCAAGAAACGUUGUUAUAGCAGCUGAUGGAGUAUUGAAGAUCUGCGACUUUGGUGCUUCUCGGUUCCAUAACCAUACCACACACAUGUCGUUGGUUGGAACUUUCCCGUGGAUGGCUCCAGAAGUUAUCCAGAGUCUCCCUGUCUCUGAAACUUGUGACACAUAUUCCUAUGGUGUGGUUCUCUGGGAGAUGCUAACAAGGGAGGUCCCCUUUAAAGGUUUGGAAGGAUUACAAGUAGCUUGGCUUGUAGUGGAAAAAAACGAGAGACUAACCAUUCCAAGCAGUUGCCCCAGAAGUUUUGCUGAACUGUUACAUCAGUGUUGGGAAGCGGAUGCCAAGAAACGACCAUCAUUCAAGCAAAUCAUUUCAAUUCUGGACUCCAUGUCAAAUGAUGCAAGCCUCCCUGACCAGUGUAACUCAUUCCUGCACAACAAGGCAGAGUGGAGGUGCGAAAUUGAGGCAACCCUUGAGCGGCUAAAGAAGCUAGAGCGUGAUCUCAGCUUUAAAGAGCAAGAGCUCAAAGAACGGGAAAGACGGCUAAAGAUGUGGGAGCAGAAACUGACAGAACAGUCCAGCACCCCGCUGCUGCCUUCCUUUGAGAUUAGUACAUGGACUGAAGACGACGUGUAUUUUUGGGUUCAGCAGCUCAUCAGAAAAGGUGACUCCUCAGUGGAGAUGAGUGGCUAUGCAAGCCUGUUUAAGGAGAACAACAUCACGGGCAAGCGGCUGCUGCUUUUGGAUGAAGAAGACUUGAAAGACAUGGGCAUUGUCUCCAAAGGACAUAUCAUUCAUUUUAAGUCAGCCAUUGAGAAACUAACCCAUGAUUACCUAAACUUGUUUCACUUCCCGCCUCUUAUUAAGGACUCCGGAGGUGAACCUGAAGAAAAUGAGGAAAAAAUUGUGAACCUUGAACUUGUUUUUGGUUAUCACUUGAAACCAGGAACUGGCCCACAGGAUUGUAAGUGGAAAAUGUAUAUGGAGAUGGAUGGGGAUGAAAUUGCAAUAACCUACAUAAAAGAUGUGACAUUCAACACUAACCUACCUGAUGCAGAGAUUUUAAAGAUGGUAAAGCCACCAUUUGUGAUGGAGAGGUGGAUUGUGGGAAUAGCACAAAACCAGACCGUGGAGUGCACUGUCACAUAUGAGAGUGAUGUUAGAACUCCAAAAAGCACUAAACAUGUCCAUUCAAUUCACUGGAGUAGAUCGAAACCACAGGAUGAAGUGAAAGCUGUUCAACUCUCCAUUCAGACAUUGCUCCUCAAUUCAGAGGGUAACCCUCGCAGCAGGUCUGACUCAAGUGCCGACUGCCAGUGGCUGGACAUGCUGCGGAUGCGGCAGAUGGCCUCCGACUUGACCCUGCAGCGCUCACACAGCAAUCCUAUCCUGGGCUCCCCCUUCUUUCCGUUCUUUGACAACCAGGACUCCUACGCGGCCGCGGUGAGGCGGACCCAGGCUCCUGUCAAGUACCAGCAGAUCACCCCCAUCAACCAGUCCAGGAGCUCCUCGCCCACCCAGUAUGGGCUGACCAAGAACUUCUCCUCUCUGCUCCUCAACUCCAGGGACAGCGGCUUCUCCAGCCUCAACACUGACAGCUCCUCCGAGAGGGGGCGCUACUCGGACCGGGGCAGGGGCAAGCGCGAUAGCGGCAGCGGCUCGCUCAACUCCUCGCCCCGGGGCAAGGGCCAGCACGCGGCUGCCCCAAGGGACAGGGCCGCAGGCAGGGCCUACAGGGUGUCACCGGCCUCGCUCGGCCCCCGCCAGGCCCCCAACUCCCGGAGGAGCCCAAACGCCCGCCGCCUGCCCAGGCCCAUCCCGGGGAUGCCCAUGCAGCCUGAGCCCGACCCCCAGGCCUGCGAGGAGGAGAGCAGGGCGAGUGAGGGCGGCUGGACCAAAGUGGAGCCCAGGAGGAGGCCGCGCAGGCCCUCGCCAGCCAGGGGCGGCAAGGAGCGGGCCCGGGUUGGCCACCGGGGCCGCAGGACUUUCUGAGAAGUAGGCCGGACCGUCCUGGUCACCCCUGCAACGCCUCCUGCUAAGAGGUUGUCUUCAGGUUUAAUUAACAAGAAGACACUGCUUCCAUUCGUUGACUGGAAAACACCUUCCAAUAGAGACCGAAGCUAAACCACAGCCAAAAGGAUGGUAACCAGACUUGAAAGUACUGCUCUCCUCUGAAUUAACAUUGUCGGAGGAGGGGCUGUGUCCUCAUUGACGCUCUGGUCAGCAGGGUCAGGACUAAGACAAGAGGUCCACAGAAAAUCAAAAUCCUGACAAAGACCAGAUGGAUGUUACUGAUGUUUUCUGUUUGUCUCACCUCUACUCCAAGAUGUGGCAAGGCACUAUCACUGACCCUGUUUUUAUUUAAAAUUUUAAUAUUUUGUUCAUGAAUUUUGGCAUUCGUUUUCUAAAAUAUUGUGUUAAAAUAUCAUUUUUCUUGAUGACUGAGGUUUUUUAUGCCUCCCUAAAUUUUGUGCCCAAAGCAAGUGAUCCUCCCCCGUCUCAGCUUUGCUAAUUAGUAUUUAUUUUAGUGAGAUACUGUGUUUCUGUCAUGGCCAUAAUGGAGCUGGUUUGACUUGUCAUUUUUAGGGAAUAAAAAAGGUUAUUGAACUUA